AUGGCGCUGAAGUCUUUUGAAUGCUGGUCCCUGUUCUUUUUCCUCUUCCUUCCAUUUUGCCUCUGUCAGGAAGAAUACUCGGAGGUGAGCGUGAACGUUAUUGCAAACUUGACAAAAGUAGUUGAAAACCAUGAAGCUUCCAGGUAUUUAAAGAGCGGACAGACUGAAGCUGCAAACCAUACAAGUGGGGUAAAUUCCAGACCAACCGCAGCUGACAAGACAGAAAAAGUACAAAAAAAGCCGAAAAGAAAAAAAAUUGAAACUAAGGUGAUAGAACAGCCAACUUCUAUUAGCAUCCAGGAACAACACGAGGUUGUGGAUAGGCCUUCUCAUUUGGAUUGUAGCCAUUGCUGUUACAGAGGAGAGCCUGGUCCUCGGGGUUGGCCUGGACCCCCUGGACAAUCUGGUAUUCCAGGAAACCAUGGAAACAAUGGAAAUAAUGGGCUCCCAGGACGCGAGGGGAUAAAAGGUGACCAAGGAAAUAAAGGUGACAUGGGACCCCGGGGAGAGCGUGGAAUUCAAGGAAUUAAAGGAGAAAAGGGGCAAGCUGGAAUUCCUUCAGAACUCAAGGUUGCUUUUAUGGCUUCUAUGGCAACUCAUUUCACAAACCAGAACAGUGGUAUCAUUUUCAGCAGCGUGGAGACCAAUGUUGGGAGCUAUUUUGAUGUUAUGACUGGAAGAUUUAGUGCACCUAUAGCAGGAGUUUAUUUCUUUAUAUUCAACAUGAUGAAGCAUGAAGAUGUAGAAGAGACAACAGUUUACCUAAUGCACAAUGGAAAUGCCAUCAUUACCAUGUACAGUUCUGAAUCCAAAGGCAAACAUGAUACUGCAGGAAACAGUGGAGUUCUUAAGCUCGAUACAGGAGAUGAAGUGUGGCUACGAAUGGGGAAUGGAGCACUGCAUGGAGACCACCAAAGAUACUGCACAUUUUCUGGUUUCCUCCUCUUUGAGAGUAUCUAA